AUGGAGUUAGAACCACCAAGGGCGGUUAAGGAGGUCCAGUGUUUGAAUGGAAAAAUCACAGCCUUGAACAAGUUCGUCUCAAGAGCGACGGAUAGAUGUCUACCCUUCUUCCGCACUCUAAGAAAAUCAUUCGAGUGGACGGACGAAUGCCAGAUGGCAUUUGACGACUUAAAGGCAUAUCUUUCAUCUCCACCGUUGCUCAGUCCAUCCAAGCUAGGAGAAGAGCUUUACCUAUAUUUAGCCGUUUCACAAGCUGCUGUAAGCACAGCUUUGGUAAGAGAGGAAGUCGGAUCUCAAAGACCAGUCUACUUUACAAGCCGAGCGCUUCGAGGAGCAGAAGAGAGGUACCCUCAGAUGGAGAAGCUAGCUUUCGCAUUGGUAAUUGCAGCGCGAAGACUCAAAUCGUACUUCCAAGCACAUACCAUUGUUGUCUUGACGGACAAGCCCUUGAGAAAAGCUAUGAGUAGUCUAGAGGCAGCAGGAAGAAUGGGUUUGUGGGUAGUAGAGCUUAGCGAGUUUGACAUACAAUACCAUCCGCGAACGGUUGUGAAAUGGCAAGUAGUGGCUGACUUUAUCGCUGAAUUCACCCUCGGAGACAGCCGAGGGGCAGAGAAGAAAAGACAAUGGAAUAUUUAUACAGACAGAUCAUCAAAUAGACGAGUCGGGGCGACCGGCGUGGUGAUCCAAAUUCCAGAGGGGGAUACGAUCCAGUGUAUGAUCCGACUAGAUUUCCCCACAACCAACAAUGAGGUAGUAAUAAGUCAGAUUAAUGGCGGCUAUGAGUGUAAGAAUGAAAGGAUGAAGAGGUAUCUAGAAGAAGUGAAGUAUCGAAUCGGCAACCUCGAAGUUAAAUUCAUUCAAAUCCCAAGGGAAGAAAAUAAAUGUACUAACCAUCUAGCAAAAGCUGCCUCAGCCGAAUUUAUGCUGGUCCCCGAACAUGUAUUAUCAUUUGUUCAAGUCUCCUCACUUAUUGAUGAUGGAACGAAUGUCCAGGAAGUAGAUAUUGAAUGCAAUUGGACUACGCCAUUGAUAUCCUAUUUGAGAGCUGGCGUGCUACCAAACGAGAAGGGCGCCGCUAGAAAGUUAAAGGUCCAGGCAUCACGAUUUGUGUUGAUAAAAGAUGUCUUAUACAAAAGAGGGUUCUCACAACCGUACCUGAGGUGUUUCGGCCAUGAGGAAGCAAAUUACGUAAUGAGAGAAAUCCACGAAGGUAUCUACGGAAACCAUUUAGGGGCACGGUCAUUAGUACACAAGAUGAUCCGAGCAGGAUACUAUUGGCCUAUAAUGCAAAAGGACACGCAAGCUUAUGUCAAGUCCUGCGACAAGUGUCAGAGGUUUAGCAAUUUCAUCAGGCAACCAUCCGAAGAGCUGACCCCCAUGAUGGCACCUUGGCCAUUCGCUUAA